ACACAGAAACCCCCUCAACUCCUCUGCCCCAAAACACCUCUCCUCAGUCAAUCCCCUGUAUAAAAUCUCCUAAUAAAACAGGGCCACCUCUAAUUUUUAUUCCACCUUGUUUAUAAACAAAUAUAAUCUCUCUCCCAUCUCUCUCUCUCAAUAUUUUAUAAUCUCUCUCUCUCUCUCUCUCUCUCUCUCUCUCUCUCUCUCUCUCUCCCAGUAUAUUUUAUAUAUACAAAAUCCCCAUCUCCCAAAAUCCCUAAUCUCUCUCUCUCUCUCUCUCCCUCUCUCAAUGUCACUCUAAUUGGCCCUGAAACAGAUCUCACAUAUACAUAUAGGAUUGUUGUAUGUAUAUGUGGUAAGUGCUCAAUGGCAUCAUCAGCAAGAGUGAAGAAAGCAGAGGGGAAGAGUGGGAUUAACAAGAACUCAAUUGAGGUAUUUUCUUGGCUAAAAACCCUACCUUUAGCUCCUGAAUAUCAUCCAACCCUAGCUGAGUUUCAAGAUCCAAUUGCUUUUAUUCAUAAAAUUGAGAAGGAGGCUUCGAAAUAUGGUAUUUGUAAAAUUAUCCCCCCUGUUUCACAGCCCAGUAAAAAGGAUACGAUUUCUAAUCUUAACAAGUCACUUUUAGCUAGGUCUGGUAAUUUUAGCCCUACAUUUACUACUAGGCAGCAACAAGUGGGGUUUUGCCCUAGGAAACAGAGGCCUGUUAAGAAGCCUGUGUGGCAGAGUGGUGAGACUUAUACUGUUCCAGAAUUCGAGGCCAAGGCCAAGUUGUUUGAGAAGGGUUAUUUGAAGAGGGUUGCGAAAAAGGCGUUAUCGCCUUUGGAAGUUGAGACAUUGUAUUGGAAGGCUACUCUGGAUAAACCCUUUUCGGUUGAGUAUGCAAAUGAUAUGCCUGGAUCGGCAUUUGUGCCGUUGAGUGGGAAGAAGAGAGUCGCAGGGGAGGGUUUGACUGUGGGGGAAACUCCGUGGAAUAUGAGGGGAGUGUCGAGGUCGGAUGGUUCAUUGUUGAAGUUUAUGAAGGAGGAGAUACCGGGUGUCACAUCACCUAUGGUGUAUUUGGCUAUGAUGUUUAGUUGGUUCGCUUGGCAUGUGGAAGAUCAUGAUUUGCAUAGUUUGAAUUAUAUGCAUAUGGGAGCUGGGAAGACGUGGUACGGGGUGCCAAGGGAAGCUGCAGUUGCUUUUGAGGAUGUCAUAAAGGUCCAUGGGUAUGGAGGAGAGAUCAAUCCCAUCGUAACUUUUGCAACCCUUGGUGAGAAGACCACUGUCAUGUCUCCAGAAGUACUGGUGAAAGCCGGAGUUCCAUGUUGCAGAUUGGUACAGAAUGCUGGAGAAUUUGUUGUUACUUUCCCAAGAGCUUAUCACUCGGGAUUUAGUCACGGGUUCAAUUGUGGGGAGGCUUCUAAUAUUGCUACUCCUGAAUGGGUUAGACUUGCAAGAGAUGCCGCAAUUCGUCGUGCUUCAGUAAAUUCCCCUCCCAUGGUUUCCCACCACCAGUUGCUAUAUGAUCUCGCCCUGUCAUUGUCUACAAGAGUACCCAUGACCACAGUUCCUGAGCCACGAAGUUCUAGAUUAAAGGACAAGAAGAAAGGUGAAGGGGAAACCCUGGUGAAGGAGCUAUUUGUGCAUGAUGUCAUGGAGAACAUUGAACUACUUAAUACCCUUGGCAAAGGAUCUCCUAUUGUACUUCUUCCCCGAGAUUUCAUUCAAACACAAUCACGUGCUGGAUAUCUAAUCAAAGCCAAUUCAGAUCUGUCCCUAGGGUUAUGUAGUACAGAUCGUAAGAUGAGGGUUCUUAACGACAUAAAGCUAGACAGAAAGAAGCGGUCCAAGGGGCCUUAUUCAAUGAAAGGUAAGUUCCCUAAAUCGAGUGGUGAAAACAGGCUCCCCUUUUUUAGUGGAAGCAACGGUGAAUCAUGCGAAUCAUUAUAUGAAAAUGAGAGCACAGACACUGAAGGAGAAAGACGUGCUCAAUGUGACCGACUGCCUAACAAAGGACUUUUCUCUUGUGUCACUUGUGGUAUUCUAUGCUUUGCUUGUAUUGCGAUUGUAAAACCUAGAGACGUGGCUGCUCGCUACCUCAAGUCAAGUAAUUGUACCAAUUUUACAGAGUGGGGCAAUGGCUCUAAAGUAGAUAGUAAGUGCUUAACGCUUUUAGAUGGGAAUGCAGAAACUGCUGAGCUGAGUACUGGUUUAGGAUGGAUGACAAAGAAAAGCCGUAAUGGUUUGGUAGAUGUACCAAGAGAAUCUGUUGAAGAAGGUUAUAUAGAGACAACCAAUGGAACUGGAGGAAUGAAUGCUUAUGCUGAAACGCACAUAGGCAAUUCUUCCUUGGGUCUUUUAGCUUUAACUUAUGGCGACUCUUCUGAUUCUGAUUCUGAUGAUCAGUGUGAAGCUCCUGUGAAUGCCAACAAAACCGAAUUCAGUAACUUUUCUGCUGUAAAUAGUCUUGAUAGUGAUGAUAGUGGAUCUCCAUGUCAUGCUCAUUACAGUGGACCAAGUGGUCGUUUUAUUUCUUUCCCAUUGCAUUCUUGUGAGGAUGAAGAUCCCCGUCAAGUCAUUGAUUCUUACGAGGAGCAUGGGCAUGCAAGAUCUGAUCUUGAAGAUAGAUGCUAUCAAACUUCUAAUUGUUCUUUUGGAUUCCAAACUAAUAAUCCUUCAUUGAUGGCAGACAGUUUCAAAGGGGGAUCCUCCCAUUUGGCACAUACUACUGAACGAUCGUGUGGCAGUGACCCAAGGCCAAUUGACAAAAGAACUAUGUCAUUUGCUUCAAGAGCUGAUGAAGACUCUUCUAGAUACCAUGUCUUCUGCCUUCAGCAUGCUGCGGAGAUCGAGCAGAAACUGCGUUCAGUUGGUGGAGUGCAUUUGUUGCUCCUUUGUCAUCCAGACUAUCCCAAGUACCAGGCUGAAGCAAAACUGAUGGCAGAUGAACUGGGAUCAAAUCAUAUUGGGAAUGACAUCACCUUCAGACAGGCCACUGAAGAUGAAAAGGAAAAGGUAAAGUCAGCUCUACAUAGUGAAGAGUCUAUUCAUGGGAAUGGAGACUGGGCUGUGAAAUUGGAUAUGAAUCUCUUUUACAGUGCCAACCUGAGCCGCUCCCCUCUUUACAAUCAGCAGAUGCCGUACAAUUCAGUUAUAUAUGGUGCAUUCGGGUGCAGUUCUUCAGAUAAUGAUCCAGCAGAAAAGCUAUAUGGUAAAGGGUCAGGCAGACAGAAAAAAAUUGUUGUUGCUGGGAAGUGGUGCGGGAAAGUAUGGAUGUCAAAUCAAGUUCAUGCUUUGCUAGCUGGAAGAGAUGAUGAACGAGAAAAGGAGACAUGUUUUUUGGCUUUACCAGCACCUGAGCAUCCAAAGCCUAGUGUCAACCUUGAAAAACCAUCAAAAAUCCACAAAAUGGAUACAGCCUCUGUAAGUAGCAAGGUUGAGAGAAAGAGAAAGAGUAAUACUGAAAUUAGAUCAGCCUCAAGAGCCAAGUCCCUUAAAAUAGAAGAACCAGCCAGAGUACUCGAUGAUGCACCAGACGAGAAAGUCAUUCGACAAUAUAAGAGAAAUUUUAGAAAUAAAACAAAAAAGGAAAUCAAAGAGACUCCUCAUCAUAUGGACAACUGCGAGCAGGAAACAAAAGAAUCCACCUUGCAUAUGGAAUUUCUGGAAGGGGGACCUAGCACAAGAUUGAGGAAAAGGACCUCACAGCCACCUCCUGAGAACAGAGCAAAACUAGUAAAAGCAAAAUCUGUCACAAAGAAGCGAACAAGCAAUAUGGGAGAGACCUCACAGACAACUACAGAGAACAGAGCGAAACCAGUCGAAGCAAAAUCUGUCACAAAGAAGAAGAGGAGCAAUACGGAUGGGACCACUACAGAGAACAGAGGCAAACUAGUUGAAGCAAAAUCUGUCACAAAGAAGCAAAUGAGCAAUAAGGAAAAGACACCAACAGAGAACAGAGUUAAACUAGUUGAAGCAAAAUCUGUCACAAAGAAGCAAACUAGUAAUACUGAAGAGACCUCACAAACACCUGCGGAGAACAGAGCCAAACUAGUUGAAGUAAAGUCUGUCACAAAGAAGCAAAGGAGCAAUACAGAAGGAAAGAAAGGACCAAAAAUUAAAGCUUCAGUUUGCAAUAGCAACAAGAACAGAGGCAGUAGAAACAAGGUCACAGACAGUAGCAACAAAAAUACAAGCAGUAGCAACAAGAACACUGGCAAUAGCAACAAGAACCUGAGUGACGAGGAAGCAGAGUAUGCAUGUGAGAUUGAUGGGUGCAGCAUGAGUUUUAGCUCCAAGCAAGAAUUAAUGCAGCAUAAACGGAACAUCUGCCCAGUUAAAGGAUGCGGGAAGAAAUUCUUUUCACACAAGUAUCUGGUGCAGCAUAGGCGAGUCCACGUAGAUGACCGCCCUCUACAAUGUCCCUGGAAAGGCUGCAAAAUGACGUUCAAAUGGGCUUGGGCGCGAACAGAACACAUCAGAGUUCAUACCGGUGUACGACCAUAUAUCUGCAAUGAGGAUGGCUGUGGUCAGACAUUCCGGUUUGUUUCAGAUUUCAGUCGUCACAAACGGAAGACGGGGCACUCAACCAAGACAACAAAGAAGGCAAACAAGUAAAUUGAGGAGAGAUGUUUAGGUGACAUAGCUGCUAAUUUUAAGAUUCCCUUUGUAAUCUAUUUUUCGGAGUAGAGUUUAUUCUGUUUCCUCUAGGCCUUCAUUGGGCAGAUUUAUCUACAUGAACCAAAGAAAAUGUUAAGACAGGAGGAUUUUCAGCACAAGGGAAUUUGCAAGAAUUUAGUGUUGUAACGAAUCAGGGGAGUGUUCUUUUUAUCACUAUGAGAGAAUAACACUUCUAUGAGAAGCAUUGUUGGCUCAUUUA